CAGCUGUUGUUGCCAAAAUGGCGCAUAACCAGACAGAAUCGGAUGGUACCCAGGUAGUGGAACAAGGAGGGGAUCGAGGAAAAUGUCUAUUAAGGCGAUGCAGGGGCCGACCCAGGCUUACAGACUCAGACCGAGCACAGCGACGUCUUGAAUCCCGAAAGAAGUACGACAUCCGGAGGGUUUACCUUGGGGAGUCGCACAAACUCUGGAGUGAUCUCCGAAGGCGCACAAGUCUGAGUGAUGCUGGACUGGCAGCGUAUUUAAUCGUUCUUCAUUCCACAUUUGGAGAGAAAUAUCAACAGAAACUCUCAAGGAAAACUAUUAACUCCGCGAGCCCAGAAGAUAUGGUGAAUCAGAGAAAAGUUAAGAGAGACCGUGAGUCAAGUCUUCAUAGUUUGAUGUGUUGGUACCAGGAGCAUUUGCAUUCCUGCCCCCAUGAGCCCCAACUCCGAGCUCUGGAACCACGACCCAACUUCUCUACUGCUGCCAUCUGGCAAUGUGUAUCCGACCAUUCAUUUGUGCAACAUCUUUUCUCUCCACUGAUGGAGGCAAGUGACUCUGAGGGGGAGGAGCGAGAAAAUGGAGAAGGUGAUGGUGAAAGUGCUGCAAAAACAGAUUUAUUGAAAAAAAGAUUAUCAAGCCGGAAGAAAAAAACAAUAACUCUGUUAAAAGAUUUAGGAGGAAAAGCGCUUGCUUCUGAGGUUCAGCAACCAUCCACUAAAGAACUAGAACAGAGAGAAGUUCUAACACAACAUGCGAAUGUGGACACCUCCUCCAAUGACGUCUCCCUGACAGUCCCGCCUGUGUGGGAGAUGGAGAUGGAACUGGAGCGGCCACAAGGCUCUCCUGAAACAAUAUUUCAUGUCAUUACCUCAGAGGAGGAGGUUGAGGAUGUAGGAGAGGAAGCUGUAACCGAAAGACUUGUGGAAGAGCAAGAAGAGGGAAUUGGACGUGGGUAUGAAUGUGGUACUGUGGGAGCAUCUUUUUCUGAUAAACUGGAGAACACUGAUGAGGGCAUAAGUUAUUCGGUUCCACCCUCUCAGCCUGAACUGAUGGCCCAAUCUCCUGAUCGGCCAGAAGAGAAAGGAGAACUUUUUGACCCACAAACUUUGCAGACAGUGGUGACUAGUUGUGAGAUUCCUGACCAUCAGACUGCUUUAGAAGGUUCACAGCUAAUUAUCAUAACUGGACCAAGCUAUGAGGGUUUCACACCAGGUAGCAUUCACUUCAACGUAGGUGCUGGUAAUGUGGAGGAAGACACAUGCACCAUCAUCAAGGGUGUCACCUCCAACCAAGUUUGUGACCCUGAAUCAAAAAGCAAAGCAAUGGAGGAUGAAGACUGCAUUACAGGGUUAGAUGAUAAGCAGCUACUACAGCCCACUGUUGACAAUCUGGAGCUAAGUAACGACCGUGAAUUGAAGAGAAGUCUGAGCAGGUCAAAGAGAAACAGGCGAGGCCCAGUUAUUGAGGCUGAUGGAAUGCUCAAGAUGUUCCACUGUCCUUACGAGGGCUGCAGUCAAGUGUAUGUAGCCAUUAGUAGUUUCCAGAAUCAUGUGAACCUGGUUCACAGGAAAGGCAGGACCAAGGUUUGCCCACAUCCGGGCUGUGGAAAAAAAUUCUACCUGUCUAAUCACCUACAUCGCCAUAUGAUCAUCCACUCAGGGGUGCGAGAUUUCAUCUGUGAGACAUGUGGCAAAUCAUUCAAGCGUAAGAAUCACCUGGAAGUUCACAGACGGACUCACACUGGAGAAACACCUUUACAAUGUGAAAUAUGCGGCUAUCAGUGUCGUCAGCGUGCGUCCCUAAACUGGCACAUGAAGAAACACACUUCGGAGGCCCAUUACAACUACACGUGCGAGUUCUGCAACAAGCGGUUUGAGAAGCUGGACAGUGUUAAAUUCCACAAGUUGAAGAGCCACCCCGAGAAACUGACCACCUGAGAUAUUGACACUCUAGGUUUGCUUAGAUGAUAAAAAUCUUUAAGAAAGAUUUUUGUUGUCAAGACAGCAACAAAGUGACAGUCACAGCUCUUAAAACUGACCAAGCUUAAUUAAAAAAAAUAAAAUAUAUAUAUAUAUAUACAGUAUAUAUUUUAGUUUAACUCAUUGGCUGCCAUUGACGGCGAUAGAUGUCCAAUCCAUUUGAACUGUGAGGCUUGGAAGAGAAUUAAAAUUUGUUCAUUUGCAGCCAAUCCUCUCAGUUCAAAUGGAUUGCAUGUCUGUUAGUGAUGAACAAAAAUUUAAAUUCACAGUGGAAGGCUGAAUUAGAGCCACAUGAUUGGACUGCUAUCAUCAUCAAUGGCAUUGAAAGAAUUAAGGGGCUCCUCCUUUACUGCUACCCCUAGUCUGAAGUAAAAUCUUUUUUUACUAUUUGUUUGAUUACUUAUGAAUUAAAUAUGUUUUAGAGCAAAUAGCAUUUGCAUUUUCUGAGCAGAAAAUAUCAAUUCAUGUGACUGUCUUAGGUAUAGGUUAGGUUUUAGCGCAUAUUUAAAUAAGAUUAUUUUUCAGGCUUGUAUCUUGCACAUUGAGUUUGGGUAAGAUCAUGAUGUGAUUUUUCAUCUCUUAAAAAGUAUUCUGGGGGUAUUUAGAUAACAUACAGUGAGGAGCAGAAGUAUUUGCAGCCCUUGUGAUUUUGCAAGUUCACCCACUUAGAAAAUAGGUAGGUUUGAAAUUUCAUUUCUAGAUGCUUUUCCACUCUUGAGACAUAAUCUUAAAUAGAAAUCCUGAAAUCACAUUGUAUGAUUUUAAAAAAAUAAUUUAAUUGUAAUUUACUGGUGUUCAAAAGUAUUUGUACCCCUGAGAAUCAGCAAUAAUUAUAACACUCAAAGACUUGUCAGUCUACCUGAAAAAAAGUAUUUUUACCCCAUGAGUAACCACCCACCCACAACCCGUUUUAGCAUUAACCAUUAUUUUCACCUGUGCACCCCACAGUCAGUCAUAAUCCAACUGCUACAAUGGGCAAGACCAGAGAGCUUUCGAAAGACACCAGACAAAAAAUUGUUGAACUCCAGAAAGCUGGAAAAGGCUAUGGGACAAUUAGAAAGGAGCUUGGAGAGAAUAAAUCGACAGUUGCAGCAAUUGUUAGAAAAUGGAAAAGGCUAAACAUGACUGAUAAUCUACCUUGGAUUGGGGCUCCAUGUAAAGAAGGAUGAGUACAAUCCCAAGAACACCAUUCCCACUGUGAAGUAUGGGGGUGCAAACCUCAUGCUUUGGGUCUGCUUUUCGGCAAAGGGGACAGGACGACUGUACUGUAUAAAGCAGAGGAUGAAUGGUAAAUGUAUUGUCAGAGUUUGAACCACAACUUCCUUCCCUCAGAGACUUGAGUCGUGGCUGGAUCUUCCAACAUGACAAUGAUCCGAAGCACACAGCCAAGCUUACCAAUGAGUGGCUGCGUAAAAAGCAUAUCAAGGUUCUGGAGUGGCCCAGCCAGUCUCUAGACCUCAAUCCAAUAGAAAUUCUUUGGAUUCUUUGGAUGGGGCUGAAAAUUUGUGUUUCUCAAUGACAGCCCCAAAACCUGACAGAUCUAGAGAAGAUUUGAGUGGAGGAAUGGCCCAAAAUCCCUGUUUCCAUAUGUGAAAACCUAAAUAUUAGCACUGAUUUCCUCAGGGGUACAAAUACUUAUGAACCCCAGUAAAUUACAAAUGAAUUAUUGAAAAAUCAUACAACAUGAGUUCCGGAUUUAUUUUAGAUGAUGUCUCUAUAAGUGGAACUGCAUCUAUGAUUGAAUUUUCAGACCUCUACCUACACUGCUGGUUAAAAGUAUUGGCACCCCUGCAAUUUUGUCAGAUAAUGCUCAUUUCUCCCAGAAAAUGAUUGCAAUUACAAAUGCUUUGGUAGUAAUGUCUUCAUUGAUUUUGCAUGCAAUGAAAAAACACAACAGAGAAGAGGGGGAAAAAAUGAUAUCAUUAUCAUUUUACACAUAACUCCAAAAAUGGGCCAGACAAAAGUAUUGGCGCCCUUUGAAAAAUCCCGGGAUGCUUCUCUAAUUUGUGUAAUUAACAGUACCUGUUACUUACCUGUGGCACAUAACAGGUGGUGGCAAUACGUAAAUCACACUUGCGGCCAGUAAAAUUGAUUAAAAUUGACACAGCCUCUGUCCUGUGUCCUUGUGUGUACCACAUUGAGCAUGAAGAAAAGAAGAACAAAGAAUUGUCUGAGGACUUGAGAAGCAAAACUGUGCGGAAACAUGGGCAAUCUUGAGGCUACAAGUCCAUCUCCAAAGACCUGAAUGUUCCUGUGUCUACCGUGCGCAGUGUCAUCAAUAAGUGUAAAGCCCAUGGCACUGUGGCUAACCUCCUUAUAUGUGGACGGAAAAGAAAAAUUGACGAGAGAUUUCAACAAAAGAUUGUGCGGAUGGUGGAUAAAGAACCUCGACUAACAUCCAAACAAGUUCAAGCUGUCCUGCAGUCCGAGGGUCCAACAGUGUCAACUCGUACUAUCCGUCAGCGUCUGAAUGAAAAGGCACUCUAUGGUAGGAUACCCAGGAAGACCCCACUUGUGACCCAGAGACAUUAAAAAGCCAGGCUGGAGUUUGUCAAAACUUACCUGAGAAAGCCAAAAACAUUUUGGAAGAAUGUUCUCUGGUCAGAUGAGACAAAUAUAGAGCUUUUUGGGAAAAUGCAUCAACAUAGAGUUUAAAGGGAAAAAAGCGAGGCCUUCAAAGAAAAGAACAAGGUCCCCAGAGUCAGGAGGUUCCCUGAUGUUUUGGGGUUGCUUUGCCGGACUGGACUGCUUGACCGUGUGCAUGGCAUUAUGAAGUCUGAAGACUACCAACAAAUUUUGCAGCAUAAUGUAGGGCCCUGUGUGAGAAAGCUGGGUCUCCCUCAGAGGUCAUGGGUCUUCCAGCAGGACAAUGACCCAAAACACACUUCAAAAAGCACUACAAAAUGGUUUGAGAGAAAGCACUGGACACUUCUAAAGUGACCAGCAAUGAGUCCAGACCUGAAUCCCAUAGAACACCUGUGGAGAGAUCUGAAAAUAGCAGUUUGGAGAAAGCACCCUUCAAAUCUCAGAGACCUGGAGCACUUGGUCAAAGAAGAAGGUCUAAAAUUCCAGCAAAGCAUUGUAAGAAACUCAUUGAAGGAUACUGGAAUCGCAGUUAUUUCGCCUAAAGGUUGUGCUACCAAGUAUUAGGCUGAGGGUUCCAAUACUUUUGUCCGGCCCAUUUUUGGAGUUUUGUUUAACAUGAGAAUGAUUUCAUUUUUUUCUUCAUUCUCUUUUGUGUUUAUCAUUGCAAGCAAAAUAAAUGAAGAUAUUAUUACCAAAGCAUUUUUAAUUGCAAUCAUUUUCUGGGAG